AUGAGCAAAAGGUUCAGUCUUUGGGGGAACUUUUGGAGGAUUUUUGAACCAAAUUCGUCAUUAAAAAACAACCUUUUGGACUACGUUAUACGCGCAUCAAAAGACGUCGUCUCGAGCGUUUCGUUGGUGUUGUUGGUGUUCUUGCGCGGGGCUCUUUUUUGCGCCCAAGAAGAGACGCGUUUUGUGCGCGUAGCAGAGACGCGAAAGACGAACGCAAACAACAGGGAUUUGAAUUCGAUUUCCUCUCGCUUUCCCGUGGAAACGAAUCCUCUUUCUCUCUCUCUUUUCUCGACGUAUUGUUAUAUAAUACGAAUACUACGAAUGGCGUCGUCAUCUGAAGUGGACGCGUGGAUUGCCACUUUGCGUAAGUGCGAGAUAAUCGACGAGAACUCGGUGAAAAAGCUCUGUCAAAUGGCGGUGGAGAUCUUGGUGGAAGAAUCAAACGUGCAAAAUAUUUCGAGUCCGGUGACGAUAUGCGGGGACAUUCACGGCCAGUUUUACGAUUUGAAGGAGUUAUUCUCCGUCGGCGGGGAGUGUCCAGAUACGAAUUACUUAUUCAUGGGAGAUUUCGUGGACAGAGGGUUUUAUAGCGUGGAGACGUUUUUGCUUUUGUUGGCGCUGAAGGUGAGGUAUCCGGACCGAAUGUUUUUGAUCCGCGGGAAUCACGAGUGUCGGCAGAUCACGCAAGUGUACGGUUUUUACGACGAGUGCCUGAGAAAAUACGGGAGCGUGAACGUGUGGAGAUAUUGCACGGACGUGUUCGAUUACUUGUCUUUAUCGGCGAUGAUUGACGGGAGAGCGCUGUGCGUACACGGAGGAUUGUCGCCGAAUAUAACAACCAUCGACGAGAUUAGAGCGAUUGAUAGAAAAAGAGAGGUUCCGCACGAAGGGCCGAUGUGCGAUUUGUUGUGGUCAGAUCCAGAGGACAUCAAAGGUUGGGGUUUGUCUCCUCGAGGCGCGGGUUAUUUAUUCGGCGACGAUGCGUGUAAAAGCUUCAACGAGAAGAACGCGUUGAAACUGAUUUGUCGAGCGCAUCAGUUAGUCAUGGAAGGGUACAAGUGGAUGUUUGACAAAGAAUUAGUGACGGUUUGGUCUGCGCCGAAUUACUGCUAUCGAUGUGGGAACGUGGCGAGCUUACUCGAAUUGGACGAACAUUUCACGCCGCGGUUCAAAGUGUUUGAAGCGGCGCCCGAUUCCAAUCGCGCGGCACCGGGUAAACGCACGGUACCGGAUUACUUUUUAUAG